AUGGGACUAUCCGGUGAGAGAUCCCGGAUUAUUCCUCAAGGAGAGUACGUCGACACCACCUGUUACGUUAAACGCUACCGUGUCUACGCAACCAGGUGGCUUGUGCUUGCCGUGUGUUGUCUAUUGGCGUUAUCCAAUGCGAUGUUAUGGAUGAGCUUCACCACUUUGACCGAAGAAGUAAACGAAUUCUACUGCAAUGGCAGUGACUGCUCGGCCAGCUUUUUUACUAACCAGAUAUUUCAGCUAGUAGCUGUCAUAACCGGCGUAGGAGGUAUGUACAUCACUGACAACUACGGUAUCCGAUUGUCGAUCUUGUGCGGAACAUCGCUGAAUUUUUUCGGUUCGUUAAUUCGAGUAGCUUCGUCAGUUCCGUUCGUUGAUGACUCGAUUAUACGACAGACUUUACUGCACACCGGGUCAGUAGUCGUUGCGUCGGCGCAGGCAUUCUUUCUCGUACUUCCGUCGAAAAUCGCCGAAGCUUGGUUUCCAGAAAAUCAGCGCUCUCUCGCCAACAAAGAACGUAUCGAGUUCGCGUUAUUCUUAGCAAAUCCUCUGGGAGUGGUUCUCGGCACUGUUACCCCAUCGUUGUUUUUCAAUGGCAACGUUCAGUCGGAGCGAACGUCUUGGCAUAUGUUCAGCUUCAAUAAUUCAAUCCAAGGUAAAAACUCGAAGCUGUUUGAAAUGCCAGCUUAUAGGAGCAAACAGUUCGUGAUCCAGUUGUUCACUUUUGGCCUCGCUUUUGCGGAACUAUGGGGAUUCAUGGUAAUUAUGUCCGACAUUAUCAGCGAGCAAAACUACAACCUUUACGGCUAUCCGACAUCUCUGGCAGCUUUAAUCGGAGUUGUGGCGUCUUUGAUUUGUGGAGUAGUAGCUGACUGUACAAAAAAAUUCAAAGAGCUGAUUCGUGUCUGCUGGGUUUGUUUUGCGUUCACCGUCAUACUCACCAGAUUUUGGCUUCGUCAUAAAUGGUCAGGUGCCUGGGACUCCGUGGUUUUAAUGCUGGCUUGUGCGGGUUUGGGUGCAUUCUCAAUUCCACAGUUUCCAAUUGGAGUCGAAAUGGGAGUGGAAACAACAUUUCCCAUCUAUGAAGCGACGUCGUCUGGACUUCUGGUACUGAGCGGUCAGCUAUGGAUGUUUACCAUGUACUUCGUGUUCGAAACGGCCAAGAAGUUGAAGCUCUUCUACGAAUUCAAUGAAAGUUCACCAGCCGGCAACUGGCAGUGUUAG